AUGAAUAAACCGCAAGUACUGCAUCUGUGAAGCAAACGAGGAUUCACAAACGAGGACGUAGAAAUAUCUGAUUAUCUACUCCUCUAAGCUUAGGAGGGAGAGAGAGAGAGAGAGACGUUAUUGGCGUGCAGUGCCUGCGUCGUGUACUGUCAAUAAAAUCUCGGCACAGACUCUCUUAUGUUUCUUCCAUGAUUUCAGGGCCUCCUUCGAGCGGCUCCAGAACGGGAUUUGAUUCCUUUCCCAUUUAUACUUUUCUCGAGAGAAAAAGAGCCGUUUUCUUGAGAAAAUCUUUUAUCUGUCUCUCCCUCCUGAAACGUUACAUGCUUUCAAGGCCCGGGGUUGGUUUCGAUUGAAUUUAAGUGUAAUUGAAAUGGAAGGUGAUAUAUCUUCAGGCAUAGGAAAUGGAACCCAAGUAGAUAGCAAGGUUUUGCAGGCAUUUCAGAAGAACUUUGUGCAAGUCCAGGACAUUUUGGACCAGAACAGGUUGCUAAUCAAUGAAAUCAACCAAAACCAUGAGUCAAAGAUCCCUGAUAACUUGAGCCGAAACGUGGGCUUGAUUAGAGAGCUAAAUAACAAUAUCAGAAGGGUUGUGGAUCUCUAUGCCGAUCUUUCGAGCUCUUUUACCAAGUCAGUUGAUGCUUCAUCAGAAGGAGAAUCAGGUGGGAGCUUUAAAUCCAAUGGCAAAGCCAGUCAGAAGAGAAUUAGGUCCGGAUAAUUGUUUUUGUUGAGCUUUGUAUCAGUGCUUCACGCUUUCAUUGUGGAACAAGAAUGAGUAUUUCAGUACCAGAAGGAAAGGAUAUGAUGAACUUAUCAAAAAAAAAGGAAAAGGAUAUGAUGAGAUUGUCUUACUCUUCUAUGGUUCUAUGUGAUUUAAAAUGUGUUUGAGACUUUUUGCUUCAGUUUAAUUCUCACAAUUUUCUUUGAAAUUACAUUUUCUGUAGUUUUGAUAGAAGGAUCACUUCAAUAAGAACGUGCCAAAUUUGCAACUAAUAUUCUAUGUAACAUCUUUAAUUCAUUGGAUUAAACCAGUAUUCUGUUAUUAAAUCUUCAAGUUUGGUGCC